AUGGAUUCCGCGGAGACGCACCGGCUGCGGCCGUAUCACCAGCCGCGCGAUGAGCUGUCCUUUGUCGCGACUGCACCUAUGCUGAAUGCGACGCGCGCGCCGGGCAGCGAGGCGGCAUCGGCGUCCGUGCGUGGCGUCGACAGUGCGCCGUCGAUGGCGCUGCCCCAUGCGGCGAAGAACCGCUACCUCUCGAGUGACCCUGAUAUGGCGUCGUUUGGCGGUUCCGAGCGCCUGUCCGCCGGUGUUGUGGUCAAAGGCCUCGCUGUGAGUGCCGCGCUGCAGUUUACGAGCACCUGCCUCGCGAUGCCGUUCGAGGUCGGGAAACUGCUUCUCCAGGUGCAAUGGGUGCCGAAGGAGCAGGUCUGGGAGAAGAUGCACGCCUCAGGCAAAGGCGCCGCCCCCCGCCCCCCCCCAAUUGAGAUGGAAGAGGACCCCUGGUCGGACGAGCGGGGAUGGGACGAGGCGGAUGCUGAGGCGGACGACGACGCGGAUCCGGAUACCUACUUCCGCGACAUGUCUGCCCCCGCGUCGGACAAGAAGCAGACGAGCUCGCGUCGGACUGACGACCAGGGCUACGUGAUGCGCAGCGGCGUCGACGAUGGCGACGCCCGCCCUGAAUACGUCAUGCCGCUCGUCGUGAAAGGCGGCGUGUGGGAGAUGAUCAAGACGCUUGCGCGCAGCAGGGAGGGCUGGAUGGCGCUGUGGAAAGGCACGCUCACCACCUUUUUGCUCGACGUGUCGACCAACACGAUCCAGCCACUGAUCUCGGGCUUCUUUUCGCUGUUUGCGCCGACGGCGAUGAACCCGAUGCCGAUCGCCUUCUCGCCCAAGCCUGUGACGACGCUGACGAUGCUCAUGGUCUCGCACCUGGUGACCGGUGUGCUGCUCUCGCCGCUCGACCUGGUGCGCACGCGCCUCGUCGCGCAGUCGACGCUCCCGAUGCACCGCAAGUACCCCGGCCCUCUGACCGCCUUGCGCACGAUCCUCCGCGAAGAGGGGGGAUGGCGCACGACCUACUUCCACCCCACGCUGCUCGUUCCCACUGUGCUGGACUAUCUGCUGCGCCCCCUGUUGACGCUCGGCUCGCCCCUGCUUAUUGAGAACGUGCUGCACCUCGACCCCAGCUCUGUGCCGGUGUCGUACGCGCUCGCCGAGCUCGUCCUGUCGACGCUCUCGCUGUGCAUCACGCUCCCGGUCGAGACGGUGCGCCGCCGCCUGCAGCUGCAGUACCACGAGCCACUGCGCCCCGCGCGUGUCGGCGGCCUGCCCCCGGUGCGCCACGCGAACACCGCGCGCUGCGGCCUGCGGACGUGCGUCGAGACGCGCCCUGCGCCGUAUUCCGGCGUGUUUGACGCGGUGUACCGCAUCAUUACCGAAGAGACGUCGAUCGUGUCGUACGUGCGGCACCGCAGCGACGUGCCCAAGACGUUGGUCGAGCGCGUCUACAGCUCGCUCGGCGGCCUGCGCAACCUCUUCCGCGGUUUCGGUAUGGGCUUUACGGCGAACCUCUUGGUCUUUGUGCUGACACUCGUCACCGGCGAGCGCCAGUCGGGGACGGGAUGGACCGAGAUGUAG